AUGUCGCAUCCAACACCGCUGCGAUCCUUCAUUGGAGGGCUGUCGUUGCCUGUCCCAGUACACGCACUCAUGUUGCUGAACGGAAAUGUCUUUGGAAUUUCUGGUUUCAUUCAUCGCGCAGCCAAGGGUAGCGUUGAGGCUGCUGCUGGUGUCGCCGGGCUUGUGCUAGGCGGCAUGAUGCUCGCCACUCUGGAUGGCGAAGCUCCCCCUGCUUUGGUCCCUCCAAUCUCCCAGGUCGCCCUGUCGGGCGUCCUCGUUGGCCUUGGUACAAAGCUCUCAAACGGCUGUACAUCUGGCCAUAUGAUCUGUGGCCUGUCGCGCUUCUCAGUGCGAUCCCUAGUGGCCACGCUGUCCUUCUUCACGACUGGCGUCAUAACCGCGCAACUGUUCCACAGGGACUUGCCCGCCGUCGGCUCAUUUGACUGGUCCCUGGGUCCAAACGGAACAAAGUAUCUCCUCGCCCAAGCUUUGCCCUUAGCGGCUUCUCUCUUGCUUUACGCAUUGAGGCGAAAUGAGACCACCAAGCACGUAAAUCCACCAGGCCAGACGGAGGAAUCUAGCCUCCUGGAAACCCCUUCCAAGGGACCUUCUGAGCAAGCACCACACUCGACAUGUCCUGAUACCGAGGCGAAUCCUCCAAACCGCCUCCUCCGUACCCUCGGCUUCUUCACUACCGCCAACCAUUUCGCCCUGGCGUUACACCUCUCCAACCUCACCGAUCCCCUUCGCGUGUUAUCCUUCCUCUUACUGCCCUUCCAUCGUGCUUUUGAUCCCUCCCUGGCCUUUUUGGCUGCUGGCGCCCUUCCUCUGAGCAUCGCCUUGUAUCGCUAUGCGAGAGGAAACGAAAAGCCCUGCUUGGGAGGUCAAUGGUCUGUUCCAAAAUCUACUACUAUUGAUUUGAAGCUCGUCGGUGGAGCGGCGAUCUUUGGAAUUGGCUGGGGCUUGGCUGGCAUCUGCCCUGGACCAGGUCUUGUCAACUUUGGCAGGGCGCUUGUUGGUGGCGCCAAUGCGUCACAGUUUGCGACUUGGUUGGCAUCUAUGGUCGUUGGUGGGCUUCUGGUGUAA